AUGGCUGCAGCUGUAUACAUCAGAGUUUCUCAUACAAAUCAGCAAUCAAAAUUAACUCUUGUUUGUGCAAAAACUCGAGUUGCCCCUCUCAAACGUCUCACAAUUCCACGAUUAGAAUUAUCUGCCGCAUUACUCCUCGCGAAGCUCAUCUCACGCACACAAAAGGCUCUCAACUUGAUCAACGUGCCAGUUACUUUGUGGACAGAUUCAUCGGUCACCCUCGCAUGGAUUAACAGUGAUCCCACUCGUUGGAAGGAAUUCGUUAAGAACCGAGUACGUGACAUUCAUGAAAUCUCACCGUCAGCAGUGUGGAAAUUCAUCUCCACCAAGCAGAAUCCAGCUGAUUGCACAUCACGGGGUUUAAACCCCUCUCAACUCAUGAAGCACUCUCUAUGGUGGUCAGGUCCAGAUUGGCUAACCAAACCUUCUCAUCAGUGGCCUUCAUUCUCACCACUUGAUGUCUCUCAUGAAGACAUGGAAAUGCGAUCGUCGGCAGUACAUGUCGUCUCAUCAACUCCAUCUUUGCCUUUGGAUCAUCUCUUGACUCGAUGCAGCACUUUCACAAAACUUGUCAGAGUCACUGCUACUUUACUACGUGCAGUGGCAGUCUUCAAACGAACCCCAGACUCCAAACUCAGCAUCUCGGCUCUCACUCCAGCGGAUUUGCAAGCGGCUCUCACCCACUGGAUUCGUACUACACAACGAGGAUACUUCGCAUCAGAGAUUCGUAUCCUUUCCCAAGGCAAGCCUCUUCCCAAGUCUCAUGCACUAUCACGUCUGACAGCUCGCAUUGACCAAAUUGGACUCUUACGAGUCGGUGGUCGACUUCAGAACUCUCAGCUUGACGAAGAUAGAAAACAUCCGCCUAUACUUCCGAAAGACUGCGUACUGUCACAUCUCAUCAUCGCACUCUACUUGGAGGAACGCAGCUCACUCUGA